AUGGAGCACUGCAGUAAGCGGAUUGAAGAGCUGGUGAGGGGAAAAGGUGGGGAGGUCGAACUGCUCAACGACGAAAACGACUACUUAAUAAAGCAGUUACUAAAAAAUGUUAUCGAAAUUGUGAAACUAACAAACAGACUCUCCACAAAUUGUCUCUACGAGAGCAGAGUAGAUGACAUGUCCAACGAUGAGCAGGUUAAAAAAAUCCAAAGGGAUUUACUAAAAACGGUGCAUGACUUGUUACUAUACAGCUCUAAUGAAAAAACAAAAAGUUCGAUUACGUGGGAGCUGAACGGUGACUACUUAACCCUAGCUAAUAAUUAUCAUAUCAUAUCGAAUACGCUGGAUGAAAUCUUCACCAGAUCGAAGGACUGUUUUCGAUUCUUUCAUGUUAAAGAUAAGGAGGCUUCAAUGUUGGCAUGUAAAAGUAGCAAACUUGAGGAGAAUUUCCUCCCCGAGUUUGCUUCUUCCCCAAGGGAGUAUGGACCCCACAGGGGGGCAGGCAAAUCAGCAGAUAGUGAUUCAGAGGAGGAAAAGGAUGAUAAUGCAGAGGGGAGAACCAACACAGAUAGGAACCCUAACGAUACGAAGAGUAAGGAACCCAAUUUGCAUGAACGAACUGGUGAUGAUGAAGAAAGAGUUAAUACCUUUCAGCUAAUUUUCCAAUCGAAUAUCUUGCACGUGCAGAGCGAAUCGGAGGAGAGUUCCACAGAGAAGGGAAAUGAAAAAAAAACAAAAAAGGAAAUGAACAAAAAUAGUAAAAAAAGGAGGCCAUCAAAGAGGAAGGUAAAGAGUGAAGAGAAUCCCCAAAUGAUAGAUAGUCUCUCCCCAUUUAGGAAUAGAUCGAGAAAAAUACAGUUUGCCUGGUUACACCUGAUUAACAAUUAUGUUACCUUCUUCAUCCCCCGUCUAACUGUGAAACAUAACAGACUUGCUGAGCUGGAGAGAGGCUUUGUGGAAGGGGUCAAGUGCCUACAAAGCUACAUCCAAAAAAAGAGGAAGGUUCUUCGAUACAGGGAACUUUUUAAAGGCAAUAAUCUGAAGAAUAUAAGUUGUGGGGAUAUUCUCGAAGAAAUAUUUGAAGAGGAUGAUAUGGGAGACGCAGCGGAGGGAACGAUGGUAGUGGUGAAGGCACCCCACUCGUGCAGCAGUUCGGAGGACUCCUCGGAAGAGCUUACUGUCACCCCGGAAUGGCUUACUUCCCCCCCGGAUGAGUAUUUUUUUUGGAAGAUGCUAAAAAGGCUAGAUAAGGACAUAAACAAGUAUGGUCCCCAAUUUAGCAACCUGGGCCAUCCGUACAAUUACGAAAUAAAUGACAUGAUUAAUCGGUAUCACGAAUGGGAUGAAAGUGUAUCCCCCUUCGUGAAGGUAACCCCAGAACUGCAGAAACCGGUGCAGUUAAGUGAGAAGGAGUGCAAAAUUAUUAGCAAUGAAGGCGAACUGGUAGAAAUGGUUCAUACUAUUAAAGAAAAGUGUUCUAAAAUGUCUCUCUCCCUUGUGGUGAAUUAUAAGAAUACCUACCGAGGUUUCACUUCCCUAAUUCUAGUGGGAACAGAAGAGUGUGAUUACAUCAUUGAUACACUGCACAUGUUCGAGCAGAUGCAUGAACUGAACGAGGUUACUACAGAUCCGAAUAUCCUCAAAAUUUUGUACAAGUCGAAAAAUAUCACACCAGUAAUGCAGAAGGAUUUCUCGAUCUACUUUGUUAACAUUAUCGACAUUUCGAUUUGUUCGGAUUUUCUUAGCGUGAGAAAUUCCUUGCCAUAUCUGGUGCACAAUUACUUCCACGUCAGUGUCAAUUCUGCUGGUCAUGGAUUAAAUGCUCUCACAAGACCGUUGUCUCCUGACAUGGUUCAUAAUUUGAGGACGCCUUUCCACUAUCUGUACUACCUUUUCGAGUACGUCAAAACGGAUUUGUAUUUCAACUACAUAUUUGCGCACUACCGGCGGGCGGGCCACGCGCAGGGGGGAGGCGAAGGUGAGAUGGGCUCGGUGGGUGCGAUGGGCGCGGUGGGCGCGGUGGACCCGAUGGAUGCGAUGGGCUCGGUGGACCCGAUGGAUGCGAUGGACGCGGUGGACGCGAUGGACACUCUGCAAAGGAUGCUCGACCAAGAUGGCCCCCCCCCAAGCAACGUCUACGUACACUUCGAAAAUAUAAAAUUCGAAGACACAUCGGAAGAGGAACAAAAAUAUGGAGAAGAAAUUAUCAGGAAGGUAUUCAGAGAGAGCAAUAAGAUGUGCCUUCUGGAGUACAAGGUAAAAGAUGUGUGUGAUGUGGAAAAGACAAAGGAAAAAAUCAAAACGAUUAUAAAAACGUCCUAUUAUAACUCCACCAGUUGUGAUAACUUAAUAGAAAAUAUAUUAGUGUGGAGAGAAAAACUAGCCAAAAGAAAUGACGAAUCUCCGGAUAGCAUAAUUAAUAUCCACACCAUAAUUUCUAUUAUUUUAAAUAUGCCUACUUCAAUUUCAAGCUUAAAGAAUAAUAUCAUCCCCAUGUCUAAUCACAUGUCUGAAAAUCUGGAGACCCUAUUUGAGAUUAUUAUCAAAUCGAAUAUGAAAAAAAAAACGAAUCCACAAUUUUAUCGAAAUUUUAUUCAAAAUGAGAAGUCCAACAUUUGUGAUUGCACCAGUGAACAGGAAUUGAAUUCCGUGCAACGCCCCUUCCCUAGGGAGGCACAAAGAGGCGUAGGUGGAGAUGAUGUGGACGGGACAGACGAAACGAACGGAAUCCUCAUUGUCCCCCCGAGGAUGCACUUUCAGAGCAUUUCGGAGGGGGCCCAACGUGAGGUGCAUCCUCCCGACGAUGAGGAAGACGCUGCUGAGGACGGCGGCGGAGAUGGCGUUGGUGAUGAUGUUGGCGAUGGUGUUGUCAACGACGUUGGCAACGACGUUGGCGAUGACCCUUGCUGUGCCCCACGUAGCAGAUGCGACGGACGCGAUAACGAACAGGAGGCGCGCGAAGAGGGAGGAACCCCCACAGUCAGUGCACCUGAUCAGACCUUUACCCUGGAGAGAACAUUCUUUGGCAACGACGAAAGUGACGAGGAGGCCAGCAAGAAACAUAAAACCCUGGGCAGCAAAAAUGGAAAAUAUGAAAACUACGCUUUGCUGUCGUCCCUACUUAGCUACGUCAAAGAGAAGAACCAGGAAAUGUGUAAAACUUCUGAGCAUCCUGAGAAGGAAAAAAAUGUGAAGACGGAAAAAGAGGGAGCACAAAUGCAGAAGCAGAGGACCAUUUACAAAAGUGCGAAAAGGCAACUACCCCACGACGUUGCUAACAACAGUUCUGGCCAAAAAAAAAUUAAACAAACACAACACCAGUCGUACAACCAGCAGUAUAAUAUAAAGAACAGAAAAGGUCUGUACUCCAAAAACAUUUUAAGCGAAAUGAACAAAAAGUGGAAUGUCUAA